CCCUUGUAUCAUGAGCUAAGCUUUAUUAGCUGGACAGAGAACCCGACAGUGGCAGUAUCUCCUCUACGGAAAAUCUGAAAAAUACUCCUAGACUUUUGUAUUUCAGGAGGAUUCUGCUUCUCAAGACGUGAACUUCAACGUUUGUCCAUUCUGGACUUGCAAAUAUACUUGUUGUUUAUUUAUUUAGCUAUUAAAUAAUUAGCUAGCUAGGUAAAGUCGAAGUUCUCUUUCAACUGGACACGUCAAGGAUAAUAUCGGUUGCAGUGCAAGUCGUUUAAUUUCAGAAAAUACUCAAGCAAAGGAUAUCUCUGCUGAUUAGGUAUUCCACUUAUGCAUUUUGCACAUUAUUAACUAAAUAGUAUUUUUAUGAAAUUCUUCGGGCUUUUAUCAAACUAGCUACGAAUUGUGAGACAUCGUUUCCCGUUCGUAUCGGAAAGACUCCCAACUCCUUUCAUUCACUGUCGUGAAUACAGUUUUCUGGAAUAUUUGAGUUUUGCUACUAGCUAAACGUAUUUUAAUUUGAACACAGUCGUUAUUUAAAGUUACUAAAAUGAUGCGGCUGCCCAAAGGCGUUUCUCUUGCGUCUGGCCGAGGUGCUGUAGGAGGACUGUCGUGUUCACAGAAUAAAGUUUUGUCUGGAGUGAAGACAGAAUUCUUCAGCACCGGGUUAUGCAGUUCACCGAUGAACUCGGUACCGGCUGGAUACUUCACCCAAAUCUGCAACACUACAGCGGCCGAACAAAGGGUGAACUGCCUCUAUGCAACUCCCCAUGGACCUGAAGCUAAACCCAUCAGAUCAUCCUCCGGCAGACUCCCGGCCAAGAGGAAGCUGGACCUGGAGGACCCCCUCUACCUCCCAGACUUCAGGACCCCCAAAGGAAAGGAGAGUGUGGCCACAGCCAGCAUCCCUAGUCCCAAAACGCCCAAGUCCCCCGGUGAGCGGACGCGCUACGACACCUCCCUGGGUCUGCUGACCAAGAAGUUUGUUGGCCUGCUGAGCGAGUCACCUGACGGCGUGCUGGACCUCAACUGGGCCACCGAGGUCCUCGAGGUGCAGAAGAGACGUAUCUAUGACAUCACCAACGUGCUGGAGGGCGUGCAGCUCAUCCGCAAGAAGUCCAAGAACAACGUCCAGUGGAUGGUGGGUGGCGUGUUCGAGGGCUCGGCCAGCAGCGGGGAGAAGUCGUGCGCCCUGAGGAAGGAGCUGGGAGAGCUGGAGAGGGCCGAGAAGGCCCUGGAAGACCUGAUCGCGUCCAGCAGCACCCAGCUCAAGGAGUUGACCGAACACAGGGACAACCAGGGACAACUAGGUUACGUCACCUACCAGGACAUCAGGUCUAUAGCCAGCCUGCAGGACCAGACGGUCAUCGCCGUCAAGGCCCCAUCAGAAACCAAGCUGGAGGUGCCUGAGUCCUCGGGGGGCUCCCAACAGAUCUACCUGAAAAGUAAGAACGGGCCCAUUGAGGUGUACCUCUGUCCCGAGGAGGGCCUGGAGGAUGCCAGCCCCGUCAAGAACACCACCACCCCCAGGAAAGACUACCCUCAUCACCCCCUGGGUCACACUGCCACCCCUUCCCUCGCCACGGCACCACCACAGUACACCACUAUCAAACAGGAGCCCCAAUACACCGACGUCAAGCAGGAGCCCGUGGAAGCUGAACUCUCCAGACCUGCACCGGUAUCCCUCCCCAACACCACCACCCUCCUGGACGUAGAGGGCCUCCUGGGCCUGCCCCCCAGCUUGCUCCAGAUGACCGAGGACCAGCUCCCGGGCCCCGGGUUCACCCCCGACCCCAACGCCCCCUUCGUCAGCUUCUCUCCGCACCUCGACCACGACGACUACCUCUGGGGGCUGGAGGAUGGCGAGGGCGUGUCCGACUUCUUUGACACCUACGACCUGGGAGACCUGCUCCAGAGCUGAGGAAAGGAGAAGGCAGAUGGGAUUACAGCCUAGUUAUAAUAACUAGGGCUCAGAGUAUAUAUAAUAUAGGCUAGAACUGGUCAAGAGAGAACUCCUGUCCCUAUUCAUGAAGGAGUAGUAUCCUCGGUAGAGGUAUGGGGUGAGGGGAAAUGUUACACUAUGAACGCAUCAACCUUUGCUUUAGCCAUGUCUGUUCCAUGUUAAUGAUUUGUCUAAAACGGGCCCAUUAUGGGCUCACCCCUUGUGUCAGUUCAUUUGUAUAUAUAUUUGUAUGCUUUUUUGGGUUUGGAUUUAGGGUAGUGCCUGGAUCGACGCUGGCCUGUGUGUUUGUGUGUCCAGCUUAUGAAGCUCUCAGCGUUGUGGUUUGUGUAUUUGUAGAGUGGACAGUUUUGUGUCCGUCUCAUUUCUAUUCUGUGUGCUGUGUGAAAAUGCUAUGUGCUGUUUGAAAAUAUAGACACGGCAUAUUUUUUUUUUAUGCAUAUCUGACGACCGGCAAAAAAUCAACUCGGGCAUUUUGGGUUGGGGGUGUUAUAUUCAUAACUCUCAGGAUUUCUUUGUGACUUCAAAAGUCAAAAUGUUCAUAGUGCGUAUCUUUGGCCAUUAGGGGGCAGCAUUGUAUUACGUCAGCUGUAACUUGCCAGCUUUAGAAGGUUGAAUCACUCACUGUAUGUUUUAAAAACGAAGUGAAAUGCGCAGGUACUACUGAACGUCUCCAAUGAGAACACAGAUUUUCUUUUUGUCCGCUGCAAAACGUAUUCAAAUAUUGUGCCCUACUGAUCACGACCCAGGUACCAAACAUGGGGUCUGUGGCGCUAACUUAAUGUGACGUGUCAACGAGGUGUAGGAGUAUGGGUAGAGCGUCGUUGUCGGGUAUUCCCAAGACAUCUAUUUAUAUUGGGGACCUGACCUGGUCACUACAUCGAGCCUCAAGCUCUAUGGUGGUGAAGUGUUCUGUCUCCCAUGCCAGAAUGUGUCCACAUCUAUUCAUAGAGCACAGGUGUCAAACUCAUUCCAUGGCAUAUCUGCAAGGUUUUUGCUCCUCCCUUGUACUUGAUUGAUGAAUUAAGGUCAUUAAUUAGUUAGGAACUCCCCUCGCCUGGUUGUCUUGGUCUUAAUUGGACACAAAUUGAAAGGCAAUAACUAAAACCAACAGACACUCGGCCCUCCAUAAAAUGAGUUUGACACCCCUGUCAUAGAGGUUAGUUAGAAGCGGUUCUGGACCCAUAGCCAAAGACACCAGAAGUCACCUCCCAAAUUGUGCCCGAUAUAGCGCGCUGCUUUUGACCAGAGGUCACAGGGGAUAGUGUGCGAUUUGGGAUGUGGUCAGGGUCUUUUUGGUGACUGAUAUUAUCUAUCUACAUAGUGGUCCCUAGUCUAUAUGUGACUGACUAGAAUAUCAUGCUUUGCUCUUGUGAAUCGGCAGCUAGGUUUCACAUCGUGAAGUUUCUCUAUCAAGAUGCAUUUGAUAGUGUUUUGUAGUAUCUAGAAUUCGUAGUGACAAAUGACCUUAUAUUUCCAAGGAAAUAAUCUAGUAAGGAUAAUAAUACGCAACAACAUCCGGGUGUUUUGAUUUAGGCAGUAAUUAAGAUGAACGAGAGGGCAAUUUUAAUUUCCCACUUCUUUUGAAACUAUAUGAAGUCUGAUUUUAAAUGGUGGUUUGUGUGUUGUUGAGCGCUCGCCAUGCACCCAUAAUAGGGAACAAAGAGCACUUUGUGUCUUAUGUUUUUUUAUAGUUUUUUUUUAUGAAGGCUUGGCCCCACGUGUGUGUGUGUGUGUGUGUGGUAUUUUAGACCUGGGAGAAGAGCCGAAAUUACACGCCAAGGUCAAAUUUCUACCUCUGUCUUUUAGACUGGGUUGUGUUCGUUAGGCAUCAAACUGAACAAAACACACCGAAACACAGAGGGACUACCUGGAAAAUGCUCAAGAUGUUUUUGAGCAUGAAUUCCAUGUUGGUGCAUUUUCUGCCUCUUCCCCAAUGCGGGUUAAGUCAAUUGUCCUGUCCUAACAAACUUGACUAUUUUGUGUGCGUGUGGUUUGUGUGUGUGUGUGUGUGGAAGUUUGGGAAAUGGGUGUUUUUUUUAAAGUUGUAGAUUUGUAGACAAUUUGAAUACAAAAAUUGUUUAUUUUAAAUGUUUUAUUGUGCAUCAAUUUUUUGUAACUGUACAGAAUUUAAUUUGUAUUUAUAAUUUUUCUCCUGAAAUCAUUUGUUUUUAAUUACUGACCAUUGUAAAUGAGCAACUGUCUCUGUUUGACAUGCGGCACUUAAUAUUUUGUAUUAUUGUGGUUGGUUUGAAAUGAAUAAAGUAUUGAAGCCA